AUGGCUUCUAAAACAUUAUAUGAUAAGGUCUUUGAAGAUCAUGUAGUUCAUAAAGAUGAAUCAGGAUCAUGUUUAUUAUACAUAGAUAGACAUUUAGUUCAUGAAGUUACUUCACCUCAAGCUUUUGAAGGUUUGAAAAAUGCAGGUAGAAAAGUUAGAAGAACAGAUUGUACAUUAGCAACAGUUGAUCAUAAUAUUCCAACUAUAUCUAGAGUAAAUUUUAAAGAUGUUGAUUCAUUCAUUGAUCAAGAUGAUUCAAGAUUACAAGUCAAAACAUUAGAACAAAAUGUUAAAGAUUUUGAUGUUACAUAUUUCGGUAUGACUGAUGAUAGACAAGGUAUUGUUCAUGUUGUUGGUCCAGAGCAAGGUUUUACAUUACCAGGUACUACAGUUGUUUGUGGUGAUUCUCAUACUUCAACUCAUGGGGCAUUUGGUGCAUUAGCUUUUGGUAUUGGUACAUCAGAAGUUGAACAUGUUUUAGCUACUCAAACUAUUAUUCAAACAAAAUCAAAAAAUAUGAGAAUUUUGAUUGAAGGUGAAUUAAAUCCUGGAAUUACUUCAAAAGAUUUAGUUUUACAUGUAAUUGGCGUAAUUGGAACUGCUGGUGGUACUGGUUGUGUUAUUGAAUUUGCAGGUAAAGCUAUUGAAGAUUUAUCAAUGGAAGCAAGAAUGUCAAUUUGUAAUAUGUCAAUUGAAGCAGGUGCAAGAGCUGGUAUGAUCAAACCGGAUGAAACAACUUUUAAUUAUAUUAAAAAUAGACCGUUAGCACCAAAAGAUGAUGAAUGGGAAAAAGCAUUAAAAUAUUGGAAAACUUUACAUUCUGAUGAAGGUGCAAAAUUUGAUUAUGAUAUUAAAAUUUUAGCAAAAGAUAUUGUACCAACUAUAACUUGGGGUAAUUCACCACAAGAUGCCUUACCAAUCACAGCAUCCGUUCCAGAUCCUUCAAAAAUUACUGAUGAUCCAAUUAAAAAAGAAGGUAUGGAAAGAGCAUUAAAAUAUCAAGGUUUACAACCAAAUACUCCAUUACAAAGUAUUAAAAUAGAUAAAGCUUUUAUUGGUUCAUGUACAAAUUCAAGAAUUGAAGAUUUAAGAGAAGCAGCAAAAGUUGCAAAAGGUCACAAAAAAGCUGAUGAUGUUAAACAAGUUUUGGUUGUUCCAGGCUCAGGUUUAAUUAAAACUCAAGCUGAAAAAGAAGGUUUGGAUAAAAUAUUUGAAGCUGCUGGUUUUGAAUGGAGAGAAGCUGGUUGUUCAAUGUGUUUAGGUAUGAAUCCAGACAUUUUAGAUCCGGAAGAAAGAUGUGCUUCAACAUCAAAUAGAAAUUUCGAAGGUCGUCAAGGUGCUAAAUCAAGAACUCAUUUAAUGUCACCUGCAAUGGCAGCAGCAGCAGCUAUAAAAGGACAUUUCACUGAUAUAAGAGAAUUUGAUUUUAUAACAAACGAUGAACCUCAAUUAAGUGUUGAACAUGAUGAAGUUGAAGAUAAAGAAUUACAAGAUGCAGUAUAUGAACAUGAAAAAGAAAUAAUUGAAGAUACUCCAGCUACUGAAUUGGAAAGACUUGACGAUAUACCAAAAGAUGAUCAACCAGAAUUGAAAAAAACAAAGAUUGAAGAUGCUCCUGGUGGUGUCAACUCAUUUACUGUUUUAACCGGUAUAACAGCUCCAUUAUAUAAAGCAAAUGUUGAUACUGAUGCUAUAAUACCAAAACAAUUUUUGAAAACUAUAAAAAGAACUGGUUUGAAGAAUGGUUUAUUUUAUGAAUCAAGAUUUACAAAAGAUGCAAAUGGUAAAGAUGUCGAAACAGAUUUUAUUUUAAAUCAAGGACCACAUAGACAAUCAGAAAUUUUAUUAGUCACUGGUGACAAUUUUGGUUGUGGUUCAAGUAGAGAACAUGCUCCAUGGGCUUUAAAAGAUUUUGGUAUUAAAUCAAUAAUUGCUCCAUCAUUUGGUGAUAUUUUUUACAACAAUUCAUUUAAAAACUUUUUAUUACCAAUUAGAUUACCACAAGAUAUAAUAGAGUAUAAAUUAUUACAUCCAGUUAAAUUAGGUCAUAAAUUAACAAUAGAUUUACCAAAUCAACAAAUAAAAGAUGGUGAAACUGGUGAAGUUUUAUCAGAAUUCGAAGUCGAAUCAUUUAGAAAACAUUGUUUAGUUAAUGGUUUAGAUGAUAUUGGAUUAACAUUACAAAAAGAGUCAUAUAUAAAAGAAUAUGAAGAUAAAAGAAGGGAAAAAUUUUCAUUCUUGGAAGGUGGAUCAAAAUUAAUAAAACCAAUAAAAGGUAGUAAGAAAUCUAAAUACGGGGUUAAAGCUCAAGAAUGGUAA